AUGCACACGCUCAGACAGUCUGUGUCUUGCAGGCUUGUUUGGCGUUGUCGGUUCCCCUACGCAAAACUGUCUUUUCCCGGUGCCUGUGGCAACGGGCGCCACACAAUGUGUUGGAUAUACAUAUGUGCGGAUUAAGCGGGAUAGCAAGCAUGUUGACUUUAAACAACUUUUGAAAAAGUAGUUUUGUUUUCUCCAGAGAGGACCUUGUCCAUCCCGGUCCAUUCAAUCCCAUGCCGACAGGCACCUGACUGCGUGGCCAGCUCGCUCUCUACGAAUCGGUCCAAGAAUCACUCUCUCCAUCUGACAGGCACCCUCGUCGGUGAACGGGUGUGGCCUUCCAGUUUGGCUGAGGCAGAGACUUCUCCACAGCUCACAUACAGUCACACACACACACGUGCACACUCUCACACACACACACACACACACACACUCACACACACACACACUCUCACACACACACACACACACACACACACACUCUCACACACACACACACACACACACACACACACACACACACACACACACACACACACACACACACACACACACACACACACACACACACGACUGGACUGGACUGAAGGGAGUCAAGAGAACAGCACCACACGUCGACCUGGCCCUGAAGGAACCAGAAGGUUCUGUUGUCUUAAGCGUCAGCGAUGCCUGCCUCUUGUGACCUGCAGGCCACCAGAGCCUCCCUCUGAAGCGCGCAGGAGCGCGUGUAGUGGAGCAGGGGCCCAGCUGGCGAGGGGCAGCGGGGUUGGGAGCCAUGGGGAAGGAACAGGAGCUCCUGGGGGCGGUGAAGAACGGAGACCUCCUGCUGACUCACAGACUGCUGGGCAGAGGGAAGAGCAACAAAACCAAGUUGCUGGGUUCCACCAAGAGACUGAAUGUCAACUACCAAGACCCAGAUGGGUUGUCAUCCCUCCAUCAUGCAGCCCUGACAGGGACUGUAGAGCUGCUGUCUGUGCUGCUGGAGGCCCAGGCCACUGUGGACAUCAAGGACAGCAACGGCAUGCGUCCCCUGCACUACGCCGCCUGGCAGGGGAGGCCUGACUCUGUCCUGCUGCUGCUGAGGGCUGGAGCUGCCGUCAACACGACCGCACACGACGGCCAGGUCCCCCUGCACCUGUCUGCUCAGUACGGACACUACGAGGUGUCUGAGAUGCUGUUGCAGCACCAGUCUAACCCCUGUCUGCUCAACAAGGCCAAGAAGACCCCUCUAGACCUGGCCUGUGAGUUCGGACGGCUCAAGGUGGCUCAGCUGUUGCUGAGCAGUAACAUGGUGUCAGCGCUGUUGGAGGGGGAGGGGCAUGAUGGGUUAGACUCCGCCCCCAACACACCGCUUCACCUGGCCGCCAAGAACGGACACAAAGACAUCAUCAGGUUGCUGCUGAAGGCCGGUAUUGACAUCAACAGAGCCACCAAAUCGGGCACGUCUCUGCACGAGGCUGCCCUCUAUGGCAAGACGGAGGUAGUGCGGCUGCUGCUGGACGGGGGCAUUAAUGUGAAUGUGCGUAACACGUACAACCAGACAGCCCUGGACAUGGUUAACCAGUUCACCACCUCCUCCGCCAGCAGGGACAUCAAGAUGCUGCUACGAGAAGCGUCAGGAUCUAUCAUGGUGAGAGCAGUGAAGGACUACUGGAACCUUCACGACCCCACGGCCCUCAACCUGCGAGCUGGAGACCUUAUCAUGGUUCUGGAGCAGCAAACGGAUGGGAAGUGGAAAGGUCAUAUCCAUGACAACCAGAGAGGGAUGGAUCGGGUCGGCUACUUCCCUCCUUCUGUGGUGGAGGUGAUCAGCAAGAGAGCAGGGGGCACUCUUUCCCGCCAAGUCUCGUUGCCAAGUCAACGGCAGAACUUCCUGUCCAGAGUUCCUCCCUCAAGCAUUUGCCCUGCCCCCCAGACUGACGACUCUUACACCCUCUACUAUGAACACACAGGUGAUCCUCCUGGCAGUGCCCUCCUCCCAGCUAGCCAUGCUAGCUCAGCUAGCUGCACUCAGGACAUAUGGGUCCUCAGGACCUCCCCCACUGGAGACAGGAGCAGUGUGGGCAGUACAGGAAGUGUGUCCAGCAGUCGCAGCGCGGGCAGCGGUCAGAGCUCAGAGAGCGGGCAGCCCGCCCCCCUCCGCCAGACCCCCGGAGCCCACGACACCGGCAAGCUGGCGCCCUCUAGUGGUGGGACAGGAGAACUGCUGAUGCCUGCUAGUCAAGACCACAGCACACACGGUGGACCCACAGGGGGUCCUGGCCACCAGGUGAACGGGGGUCGGCGGUCAGGAGAGCCCGGCGGCUUCAUGCGCCCAGAACACCUUUUUGAGGGCAAGGAUUCGGAGGCCAUCUAUCAGUGGCUAUGUGAGUUCCAGCUGCAGCAGUACACCUCCAACUUCCUCCAGGCUGGGUACGACAUCCCCACCAUCAGCAGGAUGACACCAGAGGACUUGACAGCCAUUGGGGUGACCAAGCCAGGCCACAGGAAGAAGAUCUCUACGGAGAUAGGCAAGCUGAACAUCCCAGAGUGGCUCCCUGACUAUGUCCCCUCUGACCUGGGGGCCUGGCUGGCCAGUAUAGGCCUCCCCCAGUACCAGAAGAUUCUGAGUGACAACGGCUAUGACUCCAUCCCCAUCGUCAAGGACAUCACCUGGGAGGACCUGCAGGAGAUCGGCAUCAGCAAGCUGGGUCACCAGAAGAAGCUGAUGCUGGCGGUGAAGAAGCUGAGCGACCUGCAGCGCUCCCGUAACCAUGCCGACAGGACCGGCGGCACGCUCCGCCGGAAGCCACCGGAAGCCCUGGAGCUGGUGGCCAUCGAGCACACACACCCCGGCACGCACACACACCCACACACACACUCUGACUCCUCCCACGCCCAAUGCCCCUCGCCCCGCACCCCCAGGGCGCUGCGGUCGUUCCAGGACAGCGAGUUGAGCGCCGAGCUGCAGAGCGCCAUGGUCGGCAGGCCGGGGGGCGGGGUGGGGGAGGGGUUUGGGAUCAGGGGCGGAGUCUCGGGGGCGGUAAGGUCGGCCAUGUCGCUCAGCCAGGAGAGCAUCGGGACACGCUCGCGGGGUUCCGGGAAUUCUGGGAACUCUGGAAAGUCUGGGAAUUCUGGGAGUUUUCCAGUGUGUUCUCCAGAUCACCAUGCUCCUCUGGCAUCGGCUGGGAGGUACAGCUACUCAGACGAGAGCCUGGGACAUGGAGGAGGAGGUGGAGGAGGGUGGGAGAGUCAGGGUGGAGACAGACAGAGACCUUCGGAGUUGUCGAACUCCCAGUACCAGAGCCAACCCCCCACAUCCACCAAACCAUCCUUCACCCCCUCCACCCCCACCAAACCACCCUCCACCCCCACUAAACCACCCUUCACCCCUUCCACCCCCACCAAACUACUCUUCAUCCCCCUCACCCCCCCUCUAACCCCCAGCAAGAUGCCCCGCUUCGCCUACCCUGCCGUGCCCGCCAAACCCCGACCCUGCCAGGCCCCUGGGCGCCUCUACCAACCCCACCCCCUGCCCCUCUCCUCCCCCCCCUCUCCCUCUCCGCAGGCCUCCCCCUCCCAGAGGGGCUUCAGCUACCUGCACACCCAGGCAGGGCCCUCCGAUCUGGGCCCGCGCGGCCUACCCAAGCCCCAGGCUGCAGCCGAGGCCUUCCCGGGCCCCAGGGCUACUGGCGGGGAGAAGGGGGAAGGGCCUGGCUGGAAGCGCUCGCAGAGCCUGACGCGCCACGCCGUGUCGGACGGGGAGAACGAGGACGACGAGGGGGCGGCCGACUCCGCCACCGCGGCAAACGUGCCGUCGUACGCCACGCUGGGCCGUCGUCCAGGGCGCGGGCUUCCAUCCGGCGCCCAGCGACACAUCAGCCGAAGCCACUCCUUCGCCGUGCGUUCCCGACGCAAGGGACCGCCCCCGCCGCCGCCCAAGAGGAUGAGCUCCGUGAGCGGCGGCUCGGCCGGCCAAUCGGGAGGCGAGGUGGGGGCGGGGCCGGGGGUGGAGAGUGAGAGCGUGGGGAGUGUGAGGACCAUCGCUGCCAGGCUGGAGGGGGGCGGAGGGAGUCCCACCAAGAGGCAGGACCCUCCCCCCUCUCUCCCCCCUGCCUCCCCCAGACAUCUACCCGUCCUGGGGCUGGCCGGUUUGAGGAGGAGCGAGAGAACGGACGGAGGGAGGGAGGGAGGAAGGAGAGAGAGCGGUACAGAGAGACCAACGGAGGACAAGGAGAAAGGGAGGACGAGCAAUUUAGUAGCAGAAAGCUCUUCGGGGACGUCUGCCAACACUAGCUCCAGUGAGAACCUACCUUUCGCCGAAGAGGGGAACCUGACCAUCAAGCAAAGGCCCAGGGCGGAGUCAGGCUAUCGGGGAGAUGCUGAAAUCCAGCCCCAGGCUUCACCAGAAGACCCAAAGACCGGCCAGACCUCCAAGGCUCUGGAGUUCAACCUGAAGGAGUCCGACACGGUCAAACGACGGCACAAGCUCAGAGACACGCACACACACACACAGGACGAGACGGGCGGAGACGACACACACUCACACACACAUGAUAGGACCAACGGCUUCCACACACACACCAGGGGAGAUGGGGGGAGCGAGGGGGAUGUCGUCAGGGCUGCGAGGCCCAGCCAAGAUCUCCAGAGGCUGGUCUCCCUGGCGAGAGGCCCAGGGCCGGCGCUGGCCUCCGGACCCCCACCCAGCCCGCUCAACAGCAACGUCUCCAUGACGACAACAACAACUAAAGCUAACUCAGCCUACUCUAUCUCAACACCACAAACAGCCAUUCGUAAAGCAGACAGUCAACUGACUCACACACUUGCGUCCAAACCUGGCAACACACAGCCACACACACUCAUGUCCAAACCUGGCAACACACAGCCACACACACUCACGUCCAAACCUGGCAACACACAGCCCCACACACUCGCGUCCAAACCUGGCAACACACAGCCACACACACUCAUGUCCAAACCUGGCAACACACAGCCACACACACUCACGUCCAAACCUGGCAACACACAGCCCCACACACUCGCGUCCAAACCUGGCAACACACAGCCCCACACACUCAUGGCCAAACCUGGCAACAUACAGCCACACACAUUCACGUCCAAACCUGGCAACACACAGAUGAACACACACAUGCGUGUACCAGGCUCUGCAGAGAAGACUGCCUCUACUGUUCCCAGAUCAGCUGCUCCUCACAAGCCACUCAGCAUGUCUCCUGCCCCAGCCCGGUGCUCAGGUCUGUCGGUCAACAUGGUCCAGAGUGUUGCUUUCAGCUCCCCAGCCUGCUACCCCCAGACGGAGCCUUUGGGCUGGGCUGGGGGAGCAGGAAAGGCCCAGGCUACAGGGGCCUGCUCGGAAGUCCUGGCCCAGCAGAGAAUAGAUGAGACCAGCACCUGUCUGGAGGCAGCACUGAAGGUGGUGGAGAAGAAGCUGGCCCAGGAUGACUGCAGCACCGUGGAGGCAGCAGGGAACAUUCUAGACGACAUCGGAAACAUGUUUGAUGACCUGGCUGACCAGCUGGACGCCAUGCUGGACUGAAGCCUUCCUGCCCCUCCUCCUCUCAGAGAAGACCUGCUUCUAGCGGCUUCUUCAGAACGCAAUAUGAAAGCGGUGUGUGUGUGUGUGUGUACGCGGGCGUCUGUUCCUCUCUGUUCAUGCUCCAACAACAGCAGUCCCAGGUGUGUCCCUGGGCUAAAUGCUUCAGUUGAAAUUCAGAGGAAAUCAUAAAAAAGGGCAUGUGUAGAAAGAUCCACCACACACGCGCGCAGACACACACACACAUUCACUCACUCAAUCACACACACGCACAUAUACACACACAUAUUCUUUCUCACACGCACACACUCACACACAGGGACUUUUCCCAUGAGCUUGGAUCAAAGGCUGGACUACAGAUAUGGCAUCAUAACAAAACACUCCCAGGUAUACAAGGCCCUGAGAUUUCAUCUGUCAGGAUUUGUGUGUGUGUGUAUGUGUGUGUGUGCGACACAAGUGGCAUUCCUCUCAUCUAAAGUUUGGGGAUGAAAUGUUCCACCACCAAAGUGAUUAUUUUUACAUAACUAAUUGUAUAACAGUAAAUCUAAUAUUGUAAUAGUAUAGCUAAAGUAUAUUAUGUCCUAAUGUGUUGUCAAUGGUGUCCAAGCUGAGAUAGCCUCUAUAUGACAGAGAUAGUCUUUCAUCUCUAAAUGACUGAGUCAUGUUUAUACUUAGCUCAUUUUUACCUGAAGGAGAACUUACACUAAUGUCUAAAUGAGUGUCAUGAAAAGAGACAGACAUUGUAAAUAUAUUAACAUUUGAUAUUCUAUAUUUUAUCUGUUUGGAAGUAUUUUGUUAGAUAUUUUGUUGUUACUGCUAUUGUUAUCACAAUUAUGUUGUGAUAUAAUAAGACCUCUAAUUGUUAUAUUACUGAGUAUGAAGUUAUAUAUGUUGCAAUAUACUCCUGAAUUUAAAGGAACAAAGGAAAAUGUGUUCAUCCAGAGCUUCUAGCAGUUCUAGAACCUUUAGACCUCCAUGCUCUCAGAACAUGUUGGAUUGUGACUCGAGGAACGGUGGGCCUUUCACAAAGGACUGCUGCUCUUCUGGUCAGUAUACAGGAUAAACGAAGCAGUGUUUUCUGAGAGCUGUGGCCCUCAGGGGGAGAGAGAGAGGAGGUAUCAUUCGAGACGGGGAGGUCAGAUCUGUGGUUUCUCAUAACACUUCUGGAAAGUUGGACUGUUUGGAAACCGUAGCCUCAGGGCUCCUAAGAAAUAGGAUUUACUGUGAGAUUCCCCCCACUCCUCCCCCCUCCCGUACUGUGUGACUACCAGAAACAUCUCAGACAGAACAGGACUUGUCUGACCUUCAUUACACCCUGAAAACGUUUCCCCAGGAACUCGCUCUACAGCGGCAACAACAAACCCUCCUUCCAGUUGCUUGUCUGAAGAGUUUUAUAGGCCUUCAACUUGUUUACUGAUAAUCUCCGGGCCUCCAGUCAGCUGUGCAGUGAAACAGACAACACCAUGGCUGAAUGUUAGUUUCUUUUAUGUCCCUCCUUGUUAACAGUAGAGGCAGACAAGCAGAACAAGAUAUAAGGAAAGAAGACGGUUGAUUCCCAAAUGUUUUAUUAUUCCUCAUCGGUGCCCUUCCAAGCAGAGUACAGUCGAGUACAGUAGCGUGUACAGGGUGAACUGGAGGCUCCACGGUGUCUCCCAUGGUAACCGGGACCCUAGCGUGUCCUCUACCCCCUCGACAGACUCCUCCACAACACGCUUCAAAUGACACUUUUCUUCUGAUAUCAUUUAUGUACAAAUCUAAUAAAAAGAAAACCUUUAUGAAAAAUAAUCUCAUCUCAUGUAUUUUUCUCUUUAGAACAUGCUAGGACACUGGACAGGCCAACGGCUAAAUUGGGAUUGUGAUAUCGAGGAGGGGGGGGGGGACUCCGGACACAAGAUUUUCUAGACAGGUGUUGGACUCAGAAAUGCUCACAGUAUCAUAAGAACAGCAGGAGGGUUUAAUCCGGAAUGAUCACCCAGAACUUCACAGGGAUUCUAGAACCUUCAGAGCUGAGGACCUGACUUCCUGUCAUUGUGACACUCAGAACGGUGGCUCUGUCUGGCGUCACAUGCAUGCCUGGGCAUCACUAACACAGCCUGGUCUCUGACAUCACAAAUCACAAAGGUAGUCUGACAAACUUAGAACCGAUAUGAAAGCACUAGUAGGAGGCACACACUGUCAUGCAUCUGUUUGGUCGUUCUGAAAUCUAUCCAACUGGACCAGUGAUGAAUGCAUCACCAAUAUAUAUUGACUGUUGUGACAAAGUCAUUUAAGAGCAAAAGCCUUACAACCGGCCGUUUAUCAGACUUCCAAUCAAAUAAGGACAACUUUCAAAUCAUACACGUCUCUAUUCACAAUACUAAGUGGAUACAUUCUAUCACUAGAUUAAAUACUCAUCACUUCACCCCUUGUUUUCCCUGCAUCCUCAAGCUUUGUAUUCUGCCUAACAGAAUAAAUCAUACGUCAGCUUUAAUCUCAUCUUCAUUACAAUAUAUUUGGACAUUUUAAAUCAUUACCCUUCGGAGCUACAUGUCAACAAUCUUACAUAACGAGGACGGACCCUAAAUUAGCAUGUGAUGGCAAUCACGGAAUCAUGAAAAACAUAACACUGCUUUAUGUGUGGGUUGGCAAGUGUGUGUGUGUGUGUGUGUGUG